GCGGGCAGGCGGGUCCGUGUCGCCGCGUCCCCGCACAGGCCCCGGCCAGGCCCGGCGCCUCCUCGCCCCGGUCCCCCGGUCCCUCCUGGGGUCCCCCAGCCCUCUUGGGGUCCCCCAGCGCCGGGGGCCACUGUGCUGGGUCCCUUUCCAGCGACCUGUCCCCCAUAGGGCUGUCCCUCCCUCCGUGCCAGGCCUGGUGGCCCUGUCGCAGGCUGUCGCCCACAGGCCUGAUCCAGCCACCUCAGCAGCAUGGCGCACCUCCUGGGCCACCCCGGCUGCAUGGAGAGCCUGCGGGCCGACCUGAGGGACCUGCAGGCAGCUAUUGCCGACGUCUCCUCCCGAGCCGGGGCUGUGCGUUUCCCCUCCUGGAAGUUCCCCGAUAAAGUGUCCUGCGACCUGGACCUGACAGCGCUGCUGGAGCGGUACAGUUAUGCCGAGAACGACCCCGAAUUCACCCAGCACUCCCACGUGGUGCUGCUGGAGCUGGUGAUAGACAGAAGACUGCUGCUGCUGCUUCAGAGCUUCACGGGCUAUGCAGAAAACCUGCUCAGCAAGCAAGCUGUCCCCCCGGCGCAGACAGUGGGACCCUGCAUGUCCGCAGGGCUGACCGUGAGGAGGUACUGGUGCAGCAUGCUGAAACUGGGGGCCUUCUACCAGCAGCUCCUGGCUGAGAAGACGGCUUGCAGGAAGGAGAUCCCCAUGCUGCAAUGCCUUCCCCAGGCUGGGAAACCUGAGAAGGAGCGCCUGAAACACUGCUUGCCUGACGUUUUGGAGUUAAGAACUUCCACAGAAGUCACCCAGUCCACUUCUCUAUGCCCGUCAUCAAGUGUCUGUGCACCAGACAGUGAUGCCUCAGGCAGCUCCCUGCCCAGGGCUGCCUGCAGCAUGGCCGAGAGCAGCCGCAGCAUCCCCACGCAGACGACUGGGUUGUCUCUGGAACCCUGUGACACCUGCGCCAGUGCACAAGCCAGCCUCCGUGAGGUCGGCAAAGCCAUCACCAGCAUCUGCCAGAGCCAGAACAUCCCCUCAGCUCUCAGUAGGUUCCAGGACACGGUGGAGGGGACCACAGGGAAAAUGACCCUCUCUGCAACGGAUGUGAACUACUGGGCCUCAGAGCAGAGCAAGGACCUCUCCCGGAUCAGCAAACACCUCCAGAUGCUGCUGCAGCAGGUCAACCCUCUGAAGUCUGAGCUGGAGGAGUCAGAGAAGCAGAAGGACAAGCUGCGGAAACAGGUUGAGGACUUUUCCCAGUUGCUUCAGGUGGAGAAGGAGACCCAAGCGCAGCAGAGGAAGGAGGCUGAGCAGAGCCUGGAAGUAAAGAACAAAGAGUAUUUAGAGGCUGUAGCCAGGCUGGAGCGGGACAAGGAUGACCUACGGAGAGGAGCUGCUCUGCUGGAAGAGCGAUUCUCUGCCUUAAAGGAAGAACUGGCUGUGAAGCAGGCUGCUGUGCAGGAGCUGGAGGUCAGCAAGAUGACCUUGCUGGAGGAGAUGAGGACCACGAUGGUGGCCAGGGGCCGGCUACUGGAGCUGGAGGAGAAGGUGGAGCUGCUCACCGGCCAGCGGGAGAGCCUGGGCCAGGAGUUGAGUGCCACCACCACCCAGCUGGAGAAGGAGAAGGCCAAAGUGGAGAGCACGCUGAGGCACCAAGAGUCCCUGCAGGCCAAGCAGAGGGCCCUGCUGCAGCAGCUCGACAGCCUGGACCAGGAGCGUGAGGAGCUGCAAGCCAGCCUGGGAGAGGCCGAAGAGGACAAGGCCAGGCUGGCAGAGCAGCUGGAGGAGAGCCAGGAGCAGAGCAGGCAACAGCUACGGGCGCAGCAGGAGCUGCUGGAUGCACUGCAGCAGGAGAAGCUGAGCCUGGAGCAGUCUGUCUCAGAGCUGCAAGCGAAUGUGUCCAGGCUGGAGGAGCAGGCGCGGGAGCUGAAGGAGCGGGAGAGGCUCCUGGUGUUCUUCCCCGAGCUCCACGUCCCUGCUGAGAUGCAGUUUGAGAGCACUGGGAGCUUGACCAAGGACAUGGAGAAGCAGCUGCAGGCCAACAGCAUCCGGAUCAGCGUGCUGGAGGAGGAGAAUGUGCGGCUCAGGUCUGCGCUAGCCAAGGUGAAGGCAGCUGCUGAGCAGGGCGUGCUGAAGCUCGUCCCGCAGACCCAGCUGUGGUCUCCUCUCGGUGGGGAGGCCGGCAGGCAGGACGCAGGGCGGCCGAGCAGCCAAGGCAGCAGGGACAGCAGAGGGACGCACGGACGCACAGACGAGGCCCGGCAGCGAGCUCCCAGCAGCCAGCGGCUGAAGCCGCUCUCGGCAGAGUCCACGUGCAAAGCCGGACUCUGCCUCUCGCUCCCGGCUGAGGGCUUGGUGCUCAACCCCGCCGAGCCAAGGGGGAGAGGCAGACCAUGCCCCCGCUCCUCUCACCGCGCCGGUGGCUACCGCAAAUAAAUGCUCAUGAGACUAAGGCAGAAAUGAAGUGCUCAGCGAGCAGCCACCUGCCCUGCCCCGUGGGACCUCGUUACCUAUUCUUUGUGCAUCACGAAGGUGCGUUCCCUCGGGUAACCCGGUCUCUCUGCCCAUCCCGUCAAGCCUGGAUGCAGUGGGCAUAGGAAGCCCCGGGAGAUGGUCCCCGCAGCAGCUCCACCGGGGCUCAACUACCAGCUGCUCUCUGGUUGUUGCUUCGCUUUGUUUUCUGCAGGCCUGUGGCACCAAACAGGUCCGUGCAGUUUCCCCUGUUGUCCCUCUCUGUUGGGCAACGCUGUGGUUUGUGGUAAAACCGAGGGCGACGGUGCAGAGGGCUGGGCUGGCGUGUCCCCUUCUCCCUCAGCACAGCGGCCCCAGGAGAAGCCCUGCCGCAGGGACGGGGCUGGGGCUGGCUUUCCCCGGCUGGGGCUGGCUUUCCCCAGCUGGCAGCCGGAGGAUGGACCCACGCACAGGCGAGGAGCCCUUGGCAGGGUGGGGAAUGCUCCCUGGGCCUGCGGAGCAGCCCCUGCAUAGUCAGCUGAGCGGGGCCAGGGACAUCUCUGGUUGCUGGAGCUUGGUCACUCAAGGCUAAGCUGCUGCUGGAGUCCCCGGCACAGCUCUGACCGUAACGUCAGCCGGACAAUGCCUGGGCACAGCGCAAGUUAGCUCACGCCAAGAACCGUUCCCAGGAGGUGACUGGGAUGUGGCCACACUGCUUGGAAGAGGAAGACGAAGGCAGAGCUGGGCUGGGGAUGAGAGGAGCCCGAGCCGCCCUUAGCUCGCCGGCACAGCCGCAGCCCGGGAAAGCGGCUCUCCCUGCACUGCUGGCAGCCACGAGGGCCCAGAGGGGCCAGGGACCACCGAGCCGCACACGCAGGCUAGCCCCGAACCCCCCCGAACAACCUCACGAGCCUCAGAGGGCAGCGGGAGCCACGCAACCCCAACAUGAGACACGGCAGCCUGUCCUUGCUCUGUAUUUAAUAGAGACGGACGCGUGCAAUGCUGCAGCCCAGCAGCCUCCGUCCACGGCGUGGAACAGGAGCCGGUCAGGGCUCACGGCGAGUCCCCGGCUACCGUGGCACACCCGUGUUCAGUC